CUGCCAGUCUUUCUGUCAGUCUUCCCCACCUCUGGACCUGUCCAGCUCCCCUCCUUCAGCUUCUCUCUUAGGUGGGAAACAAAUAAUCAGCCAAGAUGUCUGAGAAAAAGAUGUCUUCGAGUCGUAAGCACAAUCUGAAGAGCUUAAUGCUCUCGGUUGCUAAGGGCUUGCUCGAGCAAGAGGCCAAGGAUAGAGAGGAGGAGAGGAAUAGGUACAUGGCAGAGAGCUGCCCCCCACUCAGCUUGUCUGGAGGCUUGCAGGAGCUGCAGGAAUUGUGCAAACAGCUGCACCAAAAGAUCGACAAGAUCGACGAGGAGCGCUAUGAUUUGGAAAGCAAAGUUAAUAAGAAUGCCAACGAGAUCGAGGACAUGAAGUUCAAGGUGAUCGACCUGAAGGGCAAGUUCAAGAAGCCGGCUCUGAGGAAGGUGCGCAUGUCUGCUGAUGCCAUGCUCCAGGCUCUGCUGGGCUCCAAGCACAAGGUGUCCUUGGAUUUGAGGGCCAACCUGAAACAAGUGAAGAAGGAGGUCAAGGAGGAGCCACUGGAAGCUGUUGGUGACUGGCGCAAGAACAUCGAGGACAAGGCCGGCAUGGAUGGCAGGAAGAAGAUGUUCGAGACCGCCGAGGCCUAAAUUAUUGCAGUUGCAUGCUUUCCACACCCCUUUUCCCCCAGUCUGUUUCCAGAAAGGCACCAUAUUCUUCUUCUUUUCAUUGUGCAGUUAAAACCACCGUGAUCCUUGUUUGCUGAUGGUCAUGUAGCGGGAACGGUGUAGGGUGUAGUGUG